CCGGGGCUCCGGGCGGAAUGGUGCCCACUUGCCAGGUUGAAGUAUUGUAUUUUGCAAAAAGUGCUGAAAUAACAGGAGUUCGUUCAGAGACCAUUUCUGUGCCACAAGAAAUAAAAGCACUGCAGCUGUGGAGAGAGAUAGAAACUCGACAUCCUGGAUUGGCUGAUGUUAGAAAUCAGAUAAUAUUUGCUGUUCGUCAAGAAUAUGUCGAGCUUGGAGACCAGCUCCUCUUGCUUCAACCAGGAGACGAGAUCGCCAUUAUCCCCCCCAUCAGUGGAGGAUAGUGCCUUUGAGCCAUCUAGGAAAGAUGUGGAUGAAGUUAAAGAGAAAUCUAAAGAUAUAAUAAAAUUCACUGAGGAGAAACUUUCCGUGGACGAAGUCUCCCAGUUGGUGGUUUCCCCUCUCUGUGGUGCAGUGUCCUUGUUUGUAGGAACUACAAGAAAUAACUUUGAAGGGAAAAAAGUCAUUAGCUUAGAAUAUGAAGCAUAUCUACCUAUGGCAGAAAAUGAAGUCAGAAAGAUUUUCAGUGAAAUUAGGCAGAAAUGGCCGAUCAAACACAUAGCAGUAUUCCAUAGACUUGGCUUGGUCCCAGUGUCAGAAGCAAGCAUCAUCAUUGCUGUGUCCUCAGCCCACAGGGCUGCAUCCCUUGCAGCUGUGAAUUAUGCCAUUGAUCAUUUAAAAGCCAAGGUGCCCAUAUGGAAAAAGGAAAUGUAUGAAGAGUCAUCAUCAUCUUGGAAAAGAAACAAAGAAUGCUUUUGGGCACCCAACGAUUAACCACUUAUAUUUUUAGAGCGCUUAAUCUUAAAUGCGGUGAACUUUAAUCAUUGAUCACUGAUGACUGAUCAUCAUUUUUAUUUUUGUUCUCCACAAAUCACGCUAAUUUACUGAAGUCUCUUCAGUAAAUGUUUGUAUGUAAAUCUUAUGUACGUAAGAGAUACAUAAGUAUCUCUUGUGUUAUACCAGUGGGAUAAAAGGGAAA